AAACGACGCCCAUAAAUUUUACCCAGAACUCAAAACCCUAGGGCUUUCAAUCUCUAGGGUUUCACUCGAUUUUUGAUUUGCAGUUCGUUUUUUAAUUUCAGUUCUCCUUCUAUGGAAACCAUGGAAGAAGAGCCUCGCCACUUCUCCGAUGUUGAUUCCUCUGUUCAUUUGGAAGAUGCUCCGGUGACUACAGAAACGGUCUCCGAGGUGCAGAAUCAAAACACUGAGCCACGUUCCGAGCUCGAGUCUGCUCCAUCGGCGGUGACUCCUGUUACUGAGAAGGAGGGAGUUGUUGAUGUGGAAGUGGCGGUUGGUGGUGAAGAGGGCGGCGAAGAUUUGAUCGUUGGAGAGGAGAAGGACGGGAUGUUGGAUUCUGGUGUUGAGAUGAAAGAUUCGCCUCCGGUUGACGGUGAUAAGGAAGGUGGUGACGGAGAGGAUAGUCACGUGGAAGGGGAGAGAGCUGAAUUUGUGGAGGAUGCGACAGUAGAUGAUGUGAUGGACGAAAUGGAGGAUGCGGGUGAUGUGUCGGAUGAAAGAUUGACAGCGGAGGGAAUUGAGGUUCCUGCGGCGAGGCAACAAGUUGUUGAGUUGGCUCAGGAAGCGGGUAAUUCGGUGGAGCAAAAGGUGACUGAUGAUGUGAAUGACAAUCUAGAUGUUCCUGAAGACAAAGAUGUGGCUGACGUGGCGGAAGAAAGAGGGACUGAUGAUGCGACAGAAAAAAAUUUGGUCAAGGAAGAAACAAGCGUGGCCGUAGAAGUGACUGAUUCAACAGAGCAAAGUGUGAUUAAGGAGGAAACUGGAAUUAUGGAGGAAAGAGAGGUGGCUGGUUUAUCCGUGAAAAGUGAAUUACCGGUGGAUAAUGAGGUGGAGCAAAGUGAGGUUGCGGGAGAAACUGCUAUUGACAUGGUUGAGAAAGUUGUAACUUUGGAAGAAAAAAUGGUGACGACUGUGUCUGAGCAUGGAAACUUGGAGGAUCUUCAUGCUGUAGGGGAAGUAGGUACCGAUAUGACUGAGUCAGAGGAGAACCCUGUGAUGGAAAGAAAAAUUGUGAAUAACGUGUCUGAACAAACUGAAAAUUUGGAGGAUAUUCAUGCUGUAGAGGAAGCAAGUAUGGAUAUGGUCGAGGCAGAGGAGUACCUUUUAAUGGAAGGAAAAAUGGUGAAUAAUGUGUCUGAACAAACUGAAAAUUUGGAGGAUAUGCAUGCUAUAGAGGAAGCAGGUGCAGAUACGGUUGAGGCAGAGGAGGACCCUGCGAUGGAAGAGGAAUCGGAUAAUGAAGAAGAUACAUGUUUAGGAAAUGUAGCAGAGGACGUUGACAAAGCAGAGGGGACAGAGACGGAGAUGACAGAUACUGCAGAGGUAAUGAGAGCAGCAGAUUACUCUGAGUUGCCAGACAUGACAGAAGAGUUGGAAACCGAGGCAGCAGAGGAGAUGGAGGGUAUGGAGGAGAUAGAGGAUACUAGUAAAGCCAGUGUUGGCAAGAGGAAGCGGGGAAAGAAUUUGAGUGCUAAGGUUCAGGCAAAAGCUCCAUCUAGGAAGAAGGCAGAAGAGGAUGUCUGUUUCAUAUGCUUUGAUGGCGGUGCCCUUGUGCUUUGUGACCGCAGGGGUUGCCCAAAGGCUUACCAUCCUGCUUGUGUUGGUCGAGAUGAGGCUUUCUUUCAAACAAAGGGUAAAUGGAAUUGUGGUUGGCAUCUAUGUAGCAACUGUAAGAAGAAUGCCCAUUAUAUGUGUUAUACAUGUACCUUUUCCUUGUGCAAGGGAUGCAUCAAAGAUGCUGUAAUCCUAUGUGUUAGGGGUAACAAAGGUUUCUGCGAGUCAUGCAUGAAUCUUGUCAUGUUGAUUGAAAGGAAGGAUCAGACACAAAUAGAUUUUGAUGACCGAGGUAGCUGGGAAUAUCUAUUCAAGGAUUAUUGGACUGAUUUAAAAGAGAGGUUAUCUAUAACUUUAGAUGAACUUUCUCAGGCUAAAAAUCCCUGGAAAGGUGCUGCCAAACAGGAAUCACAUGAUGAACUUCAUGGUUUUGAUGAUGCUGGAGGGUCUGACUCUGAUAAUUCUUCUGGGAAUUUGGAAGUAACUGUUUCUAAACGAAGAAAGACUAGGAGUCAAUCAAAGGCACGUGCAAAGGGGGGUGAUUCACCAAGCACUCUUGCAGCUAGUGGUGAAGGGGCAUCAAUAGAUGAAAAUGCUGAGUGGGCAUCGAAAGAGCUCUUGGAAGUUGUUAUGAACAUGAGAAACGGCGACAAAUCUGUUUUAUCUCGAAUGGAGCUCAGUCAGCUUAUAUUGGAUUACAUUCACAAGUACAAGCUUCGAGAUCGUCGCAAUAAGUCUUACGUCAUUUGUGACACAAGACUUAAGAAUCUGUUUGGGAAACCGAGAGUGGGGCAUAUUGAAAUGUUAAAUCUUCUUGAGCCUCACAUAUUUUUCACGAAGGAGGAUUCUCAGACCGAUGAUUUCCAAGGGAGUGUUGUGGAUGCAGAAGCUAAUCAACUUGAGGCUGAUUGGAACUCUGAUGCUUUGACAAAGACUGGAAAAGAUAAGAAACGUAAGAAUCGUAAGAAGGGUGAUGCAAGGGGACUUCAAUCGAAUGUGGAUGAUUAUGCUGCCAUUGAUAUGCAUAAUAUCAAUCUAAUUUAUUUGCGACGAAAUUUGGCGGAGGAAUUGCUUGAAGAUACUGAAACAUUCCAUGACAAGGUUGUUGAUUCUUUUGUGAGAAUAAGAAUAUCUGGUACUGGUCAAAAGCAAGAUUUGUAUAGGCUAGUGCAAGUUGUUGGUACAAGCAAAGUUGCUGAACAAUAUAGAGUUGGCAAAAGAACAACCGAUUUUCUACUAGAGAUUCUAAAUUUAAAUAAGACGGAGGCCGUAUCAAUUGAUAUUAUAUCAAAUCAAGAGUUCACUGAGGAUGAAUGCAAGCGUCUGCGUCAGAGCAUCAAGUGUGGACUUAUCAACCGGCUGACUGUGGGAGAUAUACAGGAAAAGGCCAUGACAAUUCAGGAAGUCAGAGUCAAAGAUUGGUUGGAAUCAGAGAUAACACGUCUCAGUCAUCUUCGCGAUCGAGCCAGUGAUUUAGGACGUAGAAAGGAGCUUAGAGAAUGUGUAGAGAAACUGCAGGUUUUAAAGACACCUGAGGAGCUACAGCGUAGAUUAGAGGAGUUUCCUGAGAUUCAUGCAGACCCCAACAUGGAUCCUAGUUACGAAUCAGAAGAGGAGGAAGAUGAUAAGAAACAAGAGAAUUAUCUAAGGCCAAGAGGUAGUGGUUUUAGCAGGCGAGGGAAAGAACUGAUUUCUCCCAGGAAGGGAGGUUACAGUUCAAAUGAUUCAUGGAGUGGGAAUAGAAACUAUUCUAGCAUGAAUCGGGAACUAAGCAGGAGCCUAUCUAGUAAAGGAUUUACAAGCAAAGGGGAUGAUUCUAUUGUAGCUAGUGAAAUGGGGAAUGAAAAUUCAUGGAGUCUUGCACGGGAGAGAGAAAUACAACAACCAAACAGUUGGAGCAAGCCGAAAACUGCUUUGAACUCAGAAAUUGGGACGAGGAAUGCCCACAAUGUUGUAAUCCAGGAACCGUCUUUGAAGGUUGUGUCAGAAAGUUCACCUGCACGUCCAUAUGCGGGAGUAGCUACUGGUGUCCAAAUUAAUGAAUCGGAGAAAAUGUGGCAUUACCAGGAUCCAUCUGGUAAAUUUCAAGGACCGUUUUCAAUAGUGCAGCUACGGAAAUGGAGUAACACUGGAUAUUUCCCUGCUGAUUUAAAAAUAUGGAGAACUAAUGAGGCGCAAGACGAUUCUAUACUUCUGACUGAUGCCUUGGCUGGAAAGUUUCAGAAAGACCCUCCUCCAGUAGUAGAUAAUAGCCUGCCAAAGGCUCAAAUGGCCUUGUAUGGGAAUUCUCUUGGAGCAACCUUGAAACAAGGAAUGGAAAGCCAAGUUGGAGAAAGAUCAAGGCUUGAUCAACAUCAUGUAGCUUGGAGUCCUCAACGUGUUUUGGCUUCACCAGGUCAAUCUGUCGUAGAAAGUUGGAAAUCUCAAACAGAAAUCAUUUCUUCCACAGUUAGACCUUCCCCAUCUUCACUUGAGAUCCCUAAGCAUUCUCGAGAUACAUGGGCUUCUGACACAAAUCUACCUUCUCCCACUCCGAACCAAACUCCCUCUGGUGGGAAUAGGGGACAAGCGUUUGAAAGCAAAUGGUCUCCUACUCCUGCACAGCCUUCCGGGUCUCUUCCGGUACCUAAUCCAUUCCAAGGAGGUCCAGUAGGGCUGCAACCUGCUACUGUUCUCCCAGAGAGUGGGAGUCCAGCUGCUCCUGUAGUGCAUUCGCAUACAAUGGUGUCAAGUGAAUCACACAGGAGACAGGUCAAUGAUCAGGCUUCAGUUAAUUUAGCUGCUGAUAUAAAAAACGCAGCUUCGUCGAUCCAGAAUUUGGUUCAAUCUAUGAGUGCUCAUAAUCCUUCUGCCGAAACUCAUGGACCGGGUUCUGUCUCAGUUUCAAGGCACGAAGCAAUUUCUGCAUCCUCCGUACUUGCCACUGGAAAUCAAAGGUGGGCAAAUGCUUCAACUCAGAAGUUAGAGCCAAAUCCGUCCCUUGCCAUGCCUGCUCAAACUGCUGCAUAUGGUCAUUGGAGUGAUGCAUCACAAUCCAGUCAAAUUCCUGCUCCUUUCAACCCAGGAAAUCCCACUGGGGGUUUUCCAACUCCUGGCCAACAGAGUAUGAUGCCACUGGAUUCUUGGAGACCUGCUGGUCCAAUUCAGUCAAAUGUUCAGCUUCCUGCUCCACACAAUUUACCUUGGGGUAUGACUGUCGCAGAUAACCAAGGUACUGCCCUGAGGCAAGCACCAGGAAAUCAGAACCCUGCUUGGGGGCCAAUGCCAGGGAAUCAAAAUAUGGGAUGGGGUGCACCGGCUCCUUCAAACACAAAUAUGAACUGGGGAGCCCCUGGUCAGGGUUCAACAUCUGUUAACCCAAAUCAAAAUUGGGCUGCACCCGGCCAAAGACAAGUGCCAGGUAAUGUGAAUCCAGGUUGGACUGGUCCUGGGAAUACAAUGCAAGGAUGGACACCACCUGGACAAGGACCCAACAUUGUUAAUAAUGCAAAUUCUGGGUGGGUUGCACCAGCUCAAGGAGCAGCACCAGGAAUUGCAAAUCCUGGUUAUCCGGCACCGUCUAGAAAUACAGGUGGAAUGUGGGGAAACGAACCGAGUUACAACGGAGACAAGUUUUCUGAUCAAAGGGACAGGAGUUCCCAGGGCGGUGAAUCCGGUUUCGGUGGGGCAAAACCUUGGAGUAGGCAAUCAUCAUUCGGCGGUGGAGGUGGUUCUUCUAGGUCGUCCUCUAAAGGACAGAGAGUGUGCAAAUUCCAUGAAAAUGGGCACUGCAAGAAAGGGGCUUCGUGUGAUUAUAUGCACACUUAGAAUUUUUGGUACAUCUAGAGCAGCUUAGAGUAGGUAUGUCUGUACGGUGUCCAUUUGGAAAUUUCCUAAACUUCACAGUUUCUUUGAAUGAUUUAUGCUUUGUAAAACCCUUUUUGUAGUUUUAACUUUUCUUUUCUUCUUCCAAAUGGAAUGCCGUCUUAACCCUUUU